AUGAACCUCUUGAAUUGGCUUCUAGUUGCUCUCCCACUGAGCCGCGGUUCGCCUCUGGCAGCCAACGAUAUCAGUGCCAACCAAUUCUCAAAUCCUAUCAUAUACUCUGAUUUUCCAGACAACGACGUGUUUCUGGGACCCGAUGGAGCGUACUAUUUUUCGGCCUCGAACUUCCACUACAGCCCGGGUGCACCAAUCUUGAAGUCCGAUGAUUUGAUAAAUUGGGACGUGAUCGGUCAUUCUAUUCCUCGCCUCACAUUUGGCGACAACUAUGACCUGCCUGCCAAUGGAUCCGGCAAAGGGAACGAGUAUCGCGGCGGUACCUGGGCAUCUUCGUUGCGUUACAGGGAGAGCAAUGGACUCUGGUACUGGAUUGGCUGUACCAACUUUUGGGUAACAUGGGUUUUCACUGCAACCAGUCCCGAAGGUCCCUGGACGAAUCGCGGCGCUAUGUCUUGGGAGGGAGUUUGCAUGUACGAUAAUGGCAUCUUGAUCGACGAUGACGAUACCAUGUACGUCGUGUUUGGUUCGAACAAUGUCCGGGUCGCUCAGCUGAACCCAGAGGGAACGACGUAUACUCAGAUCCAGAGUGUGUUCAACCACACUGACGUCGGCGCUGAAGGUCUUGAGGGGAAUCGCAUGUAUAAGAUCAACGGAACAUACUAUAUCCUUGAUGACGAGCCUGGAGGCACAACCUAUAUCUGGAAGUCGGAAAGCCCCUGGGGCCCAUACGAAUCCAAGAUUUUGGUCCAAAAUAUAUCUCCCCCGAUCAACGGAGGAAGUUCCCCGCAUCAGGGUAGUCUCAUCAAGACAAAGGAUGGUAACUGGUACUACAUGUCCUUCACUUGGGCCUAUCCUGCUGGUCGCCUCCCGGUUCUUGCCCCUAUCACAUGGGGAGACGACGGCUUCCCUAUCUUUACCAAAGGCAGCAACGGUGGCUGGGGAGCUUCUUAUCCUCUGCCUGACGGAAGCAGUGGUCCUACCAAGAAUUGGGAUCGUGUCGAUACAUUUGCCGGAUCCUCUCUUCACCCUUCAUGGGAAUGGAACCACAACCCUGAUGUAAACUCCUAUAUUGUCAACAAUGGUCUGACUUUGAAGACUGCUUCUGUUACGGAUGACAUUUACUUUGCAAGAAACACUCUUACUCAUCGUACGCACGGCGAGUUCCCGGUGGGGACUGUCCUCAUCGACUACAGCAAUAUGUUGUCCGGCGACCGCGCAGGCUUCGCCGCCUUCCGCGAUCAGACUUCGUACAUUGGCAUCCACCGUACCGGGAACGAUUACUCCCUUGUAGCCGUCCACGGGAUCAUCACUGAUGAAUGGGGAUCCGGCGUAACUCAAAGUCUCGGCGAGGUAAAGCAAACGCUGCCUAUUCCCGCAGGUCAGACAAGAGUGUGGCUCCGGAUGGAGCUUGAUACACGCCCAGAUGGGACAAGAGAUUGCGUCUUCCUGUACAGCUUCGAUGGGGAAGACUUUGAGGUGCUUGGUCCGACUUACACUUUGUACUCGGGCUGGGCGUGGUUCCUGGCGUACCGAUUUGGCAUCUUCAAUUUUGCCACGGAGGCUCUAGGAGGAUCGAUAAAGGUAGAGUCUUUUACCGCAGCUUCAGCUUCAGCUUGA